CGAUCGUCCAGCGUCUCGACUCAAGCAACACCGGCCCUGCACCUAUGGCGUCUGAGAACGAUUUGUUCUCAUCAUCGCUGAAACCUGCCCGUCUUGACAUCAUCCCCAAUUGCCUCGCCUCCCCAUGCAUUCUGACUUUGGACCGGUGGGAAUGGGGCAUGAUGUUUUACAUCAGGGUUGAUCUUGCUGGAUCUUACCACGCAUAUCCUCAUGUGGGUGGGCCAUUUAAGACCUUAGAAGAGGUUUACUCUGCUAUUGAAUGCGACCUGAAACAACGCCAGGAUCCCAAAAUCAUGAUGCCUCAGCCUGAAGAUACUCAAGUGGAUUAUGUUGUACGUCAAUGUCUUUACUGGCCUGAUGGCAAAAGGAAGAAGCGUUUUAAUGUUGAUGAAAGACGUGAUCGGAGGCGCAUGUUGGUUCAAGCUUUGGUGGAUAAAUAUAACGAUUAUAUCGGGGAUCUUGCAUAUGAGCUCAAAGAUGUCGUGCACUACGAAUCAGUUUGUGUGAGCGAUGCUUAUAAAGUAACCUAUCAUAUCAAUUUCACUACAAAGAUUAAGGGAACUGAAGAUUUGGAUUGUCGCCAUGAUGAGCUCUUCUUUGCUGAAGUUGCCUGUGACAUUAAGACAGGAGAACGCAAAUUUGUGGUCAGCUGUUUCUGCAGGAUUCAUCCUAUUGAUAAUGGUAGAUGCUAUGGUUGUAAUGCGAAGCACCCCAACGCUGCUGUAUACACACCUGGUCAAGCUGACGCAUGUUUUCCAUUUGGUGCUUCUAAUAUGGUCCGUGAAGACUGUGAUGAAGACCCGGUAGCUGAGGAGAAGAGGUUAAGAAUUUUGUACGAGAAGAUGGGCUUUAAUAAACUUUGA